CUUUAUGCAACUGCAUAUAUUCGUACGGAAUUUACGCCACAAACGUAAAAUACACGAAAACGAUAAAAAUCAACUUUAAUUUUCACAGCAAUUUUCCCAAAAGUAAGAAAUAGAAAUUGCCGUUUGAAAUUAGAAUCCAAUUAGAAUUAUGAAUUUUUCUGGACGUUUGCAAUUUCGACGUCUUAUGUGUUUGUUGGUGCGACAAAACUUUGCCAGCGAAUGUGAAAAUGCAAUUAACAAACAAAUACAUCUCGAAUUGAAGUCCAGCUACGAUUACUUGGCUAUGGCUUACCAUUUCGAUCGCAGCGAUGUCGCCUUACCGGGCCUAUAUGGAUUUUUCAAGUCUGCUAGUUCGGAAGAGCGUGAACACGCUACACAAUUAAUGACAUACAUGAACAAACGAGGCGGCACAAUAUGCCUGGAGGAGUUACCAGCGCCACAAUUUAAGUUUACAACAGCUAAAGCGGCGCUAAUGAAAGCAUUGGAUAUAGAAAAGGCAGUCAAUGAGUCCUUGCUGGCGUUACAUGCUUUGGCAAAUGAGCACAGUGAUCCACAUUUGAGCGACUUUUUAGAAACCAACUUCCUUAUCGAACAAGUGGAUGCGCAAAAACAGUUGGCCGAUUAUAUAACACAAAUCGAGCGUUGUGAAAAGGAAUUGGGCUUGCAUAUAUUUGACAAGGAUAUUACAGGCAAGGAAAUACAUUAAGAGUACUGAAAAUACGACAUGAAAUCAAAGUGCAAACAAUUUAAUAUUCUUCAUGCAUGAGAUAAACUAAUAUAUUUUGAACGUUAAGGCGAAAAUAUUAUAUACAGAAGCAAUGCCAUGAUAGAGCUCGCUACCUACAUAUGUUUAUACUAAACUUUUGUGAUAUGUACUGUGAAAAUAUAUGUUUUAUCAACUUAUGCAUAUUUUAUGUUUAAAUUUAUGCUUGGUAACGUUAAUACAUAUUUGUGUAUGUAUAUUGUCAA